CCAAUGUCUAUCGUGUCACAAUUCACAAGACAUUUGAAGGAAAUUUAACAACAAAGCCAAUCAAUGGUGCGAUCUUUAUUUUCAAUCCAAGAACUGGGCAGCUAUUCCUGAAGGUUAUCCAUACAAGCGUUUGGGCUGGUCAGAAGCGUCUUGGUCAGCUAGCGAAAUGGAAAACUGCUGAAGAGGUGGCGGCACUUGUGAGGUCUCUCCCUGUUGAAGAACAGCCAAAACAAGUUAUUGUUACUCGUAAAGGAAUGCUCGACCCCCUUGAGGUCCACUUACUGGAUUUCCCCAACAUUGUUAUCAAGGGAAGUGAACUGCAGCUUCCGUUCCAGGCGUGCCUUAAGAUUGAGAAAUUUGGUGAUCUGAUUUUGAAGGCCACAGAACCGCAGAUGGUCCUAUUCAAUAUCUAUGAUGAUUGGUUGAAGAGUAUCUCUUCGUACACUGCCUUUUCAAGACUUAUUCUGAUCCUUCGUGCGCUUCACGUGAAUAAUGAGAAGGCUAAGAUGUUGUUGAAGCCCGACAAGUCUGUUGUCACUGAGCCACAUCACAUCUGGCCCUCUCUCACUGACGACCAGUGGAUGAAGGUGGAGGUAGCUCUUAGGGAUCUUAUCCUAUCUGACUACGCAAAGAAAAACAAUGUGAAUACCUCAGCUCUGACACAAUCAGAGAUCAGAGAUAUUAUCCUUGGCGCCGAGAUUACCCCACCCUCGCAACAGAGGCAACAGAUAGCUGAGAUUGAGAAACAGGCAAAAGAAGCCAGCCAGCUUAAUGCAGUCACAACCAGAACGGUAAAUGUUCAUGGUGAGGAGCUCAUUGUCACUACCACUAGCCCCUACGAGCAAACUGCAUUCGGUUCCAAGACAGAUUGGCGUGUGCGUGCAAUAUCAGCUACUAACCUCUACCUCAGAGUCAAUCACAUCUACGUGAACUCAGAUGACAUAAAGGAGACGGGAUACACAUACAUCAUGCCGAAGAACAUCCUGAAGAAGUUCAUAUGCGUAGCAGAUCUUCGAACUCAAAUUGCUGGAUAUCUAUAUGGUAUAAGCCCACCGGAUAAUCCCAGGUUAAGGAAAUCCGUUGUGUUGUGAUGGUGCCGCAGUGGGGAAGUCAUCAGCAUGUGAACCUGCCGUCAGCUCUUCCUGAGCAUGAUUUCCUUAAUGAUCUCGAGCCAUUGGGAUGGCUGCACACACAGCCUAACGAGCUACCUCAAUUGGCACCACAGGAUGUUACCGCUCAUUCCCGCAUUCUGGAGAACAACAAGCAAUGGGAUGGAGAAAAGUGUAUCAUCCUAACAUGCAGUUUCACUCCGGGAUCCUGCUCUUUGACAUCAUAUAAGUUGACCCAAGCCGGAUAUGAAUGGGGACGUCUCAACAAGGACACAGGCAGCAAUCCUCAUGGCUACCUUCCCACCCAUUAUGAGAAGGUUCAAAUGCUGUUGAGUGACCGCUUCCUCGGAUUUUACAUGGUUCCUGAGAACGGACCGUGGAACUACAACUUUAUGGGAGUGAAUGAUAUUCCGUGUUUUUAACGGUUUUAAACUCGUUUUGGAGCAAUUAAAUGGUCGGUUUUAAUUAA